GAGUUGGACGUCGCGAGGGUCAAAGCUUUCGGCGCUUCCUUGGCGACGGAUGCCAACUUCACGGGAACAGCGUGCCAGUUUGCUUCGGUAGAUGAAGAAGCCGGCUUUAUCCUUUUGCUGCAUGCGCUUGACUUCGGCUCUGGGUGGCGACAGGAACUGCACAGACAUCAUGGAAAGGGGGCAUAUCUAACCAUUAAGCCGGGCGUCGAAGCGCUCCAUGCGAGGGCGGCUGCAGCAGGCGGCUUCAGCGCAGAGUGGCUCAGCAGCCGUAGCCUGGGCGAUGUUGCCAAAGCCUUUGCCUUGGAAGGAAACCCGGAACUGAAAGGCUUGGUCGACCUCCUGUUGCAAGUGAUUCACGAACUGGGCGAAGGCUGUGCCAAAGAAGGGUCCCUCGAAGCAUUUGUGGCACAAGCUUUGAAUGCCUGUGCCGACUCAGAAACACCUGCAGCAGAGAUGGUGUGGGCACUCGUGGACACUUUUCCUUCAACUUUUGACGAUAGAUACAUCCUUCGCGAAGCCCAGGCUGUAUGCUUCUUCAAGAAAGCUCAGCUGGUGGUCGGGGAGCUCUUUCAUCGCUUCCGCGAGGAAGACCACCGAUUCCGGUUUCCCGAUGGCGACCAUCUGACGGCCUAUGUCGACAACGUGAUUUGCGCCACUCUCAGGUACAAGGGCGUCGUUGUUGCAAGUGAAGAAGCGACGAAGAUGAUCGAAGAGGGGCAAGAGUUGCCCAAGGGCUCGGAGUGGGAAGUUUGCUUCCGGGCUGCUGCGCUCUGCGGCGUCGAAGCCGUCAAAGGAGCCACAGAAGAUGCCAUCACCUCCUCCGAGCUCGGGAACUACCUCUGGGCCGGCUUGGGAAAGGAGCCAGCAAUCCGAAAGUACCAGCGCCAUGCAACCAAGACG